AUGAGCGAUCUCUUCAUCCGAGCCAAAGAGGCUGCGGCUGCUGCUGGCGGCGCCGCCGGCGGAAAGGAAGACCAGGCUGCCAAGGCUGCUAAGGCUGCGAAGAAGGCCGCCAGCCGAGCGCACCAGGCUCUCGGCUUUAACAUCCUCUGGUGGAUCUUCGCCGGAAUCUGCGGUGUCUGCGCCAUCCUCUACGUCUACAACCUCACCAAGGCCUGGUACAUCCGCCGCAAGGUCGGACCCCUUCGCGCCCAGGGCAUCGUCAGCACCGAGUCCAAGCCCCGCUCCCUCUCCGCCUUCGGCCGUGCCCUCCAUGCCAUCAGCACCAACUACGCCUACGUCAAGGUCUUCCCGGCCUGGAUCUACUCGAACUCGUCUGCCGCCGAAUGGUUCUGGACCGCUGCCUACACCGGUAUUGUCCUCGGCAUGACCGCUUGGGUCACGUUCUGGAAGGGCUCCCGCGAUUUCGCCAACCCGAUGGGAUAUGCUUCUUUCGCCCAGCUGCCCCUGAUCGUCGGCUUGGCGGCUAAGAAUAACAUCGUAUCAUGGUUCACCGGCAUCUCAUAUGAGAAGCUCAAUUACCUGCACCGUGCCUCUGCCCGUGUCUGCGUCCUGACUUCGUGGGUGCACUGGACCCUCUGGGUGAAGAAGGGUCUCGGUCACCAUGGCCCCACUACCGACCCAGUCCUCUUCCGUUCUGGCGUCGUCGCCAUCAUCGGCCUGUCACUCAUGUUCCUCACCUCGUUCCGCUUCGUGCGUCACAUGCUGUACGAGACCUUCCUCUUUGUGCACGUCACAAUGUGCAUCAUGUUCCUCGUUGGCUGCUACUUCCACUUCCGCCGUCUGCGGUACUGGGCGUGGGCUGCUCUCAUCGUUUGGGGCUUUGACCGCGGUCUCGGCUUCCUGCGCAUGUUCCUUGUCAACAAGGGUUGGUUCCUCUGCGUGCCUAGCAAGAGGGAGGAGACCAGCUCGUGUACGUGCGAGCUGCUCGAGGGUGAGGUCGUGCGCCUCACUGUCCGCCGUCCGCUGUUCAAGUUCUCUCCCGGUCAGCACGCCUUCAUCACCAUGCCCGGUGUCGCCCUCGCACGCUACGAGCAGCACCCCUUCACGAUUGCCAACAUUCCCAACCCCCGCGGCGAUGUGGUGUUCCUCGUCAAGGGCCAGACUGGCUUCACCCGCCGCCUGAUCAACCGUCUUGAGGCCGACGUCGACGACAAGCUCAACUGCUACCUCGAGGGUCCGUACGGCACGCCGCACGACCUGAACCACUUCGGCUCGGCCGUCCUCAUCGCCGGAGGAACUGGAAUCACCUACUCGAUCUCGCACCUGAUGGAGAUUGUCCGCCAGUCCAAGGCCGGCAACAGCGCCGUCGCCCGUGUCCGUGUCAUCUGGAACAUCCGUCACCACGCCUAUGCCUCCUGGAUUGCCCCGCUGCUGAAUGAGUGCUUUGCUGAGGGUUCUGGCUCUGUCGACGUUCAGGUAAACCUCUAUGUCACCCGCUCCCACGCCGCGGACGAGCCGAACGCCGACGAGGUUCCCGCCCACCCGACGGAGAAGGUGGAGGACGAGACGAUGAACAACUCGCCGCUCGACUCGCCCCUCGACAGCCCGGACGAGACGCCGCGCGACUCGUCUGAGUUCCCGAACAGCGAGAAGAAGGGCGGCGCCUCCCGCGGUGCCCCGGGUGCCUUCUCUGACUCCUCUUCUUACGAUGAGAAGCAGUGCUCGUCCCUCGGUCUCGACAUCAAUGCCUCGAAGCACGUGCGCUUCCACCGCGGACGCUCGAACAUUGAGAUGAUCCUGCGCGAGGAGAUCGAGCACACGCCCCGCGACGCUGCCGGCCUCGCAGUUGGCGUGUGUGGCCCCACUGGUCUGUCGCUCGACACCCGCAGGGCCGUCACCAAGGUCAACACCGCCAAGGCCGUCUUCAAUGGCCAGGCCGAGAUCACCCUCUUCCAGGAGACUUUCGGCUGGUAA